CACUCUUCUCUACUGUAUUUCCUCGUUUGUUUGUGAGAUAAUCGACACAUUCUGCCUGUGACGGUCGUUGGAUUCACUUCCAAGUUGCCGAAACGUCGAAUUCUGUCCUGGGUAACACUACACGGCGCUGUCGCCGAGCCUCUCCCAGUUGUGGCGCAGCUACAUUUUACAGCACAGCGCUCCCUUUGUCUGUAAAGAAGCCAUUUUGAGACUGCUGAGAAACCAUUGAGCAAGUACAAAUCUGCUGAUCACCUAAAGGUGUCUUUGGAUAAAUGGAGGCAGUGAAAAUAACGACAUUUUCUCCCAUUAAGAUUCCCCUUUGGUCGUUUAAAAACGUGGAUUACAUGUUUUCCAAUUCUAACUGAGACGCUUUUUUGCCCCUUAUUAAUGCCAUUAUUAGAGGAUCCGAAGAUGGAGCAGAAAACAGUCCUGUUCCUGCGUUUAGGCCUGCUCACUGCAUUUCAACAAAGUGCUGCUGAGCUGCCUGGAUUGGCUUCUUUAGUCAAAUACACCCUUGAGGCAAGGUCAAGCCGCCGUUUACACGCUGGACGGAUUAAUGGCAGGACUAAUCGAGCUUGACGUUGUCUCCACGGUUGCAGGACAGGAUACAAAACAAGCCAUCUUGCUGUUGUGGAAGGAAAGUGUUUAAAAGUCAUUAAUCAAAGCAAGUGUCAAAAAAAAACAAUGCACUAUAUACAUUUGUAGCAACGCCAUUAAGUUAUUCGUGGCCUAUUUUAAGCUGUAUAUUGUGUCAACAUGCAGUGAAGAUUAGUUACAGAAAUGAUGUGAUAAAAACGACAGAAAUCACUUUUAAUAACUUACUGCAUGCCUCAAAAAUUACACAAAUCAACUGUCAAAUAUAAAAUUGUUAUAAAAGAAUCAAACUUACUGAUUGCAACUCAUUCACUACAAGGCCAUAAAGUGCAAUGCCAGCAUUUGUCACUUUCACUGUUUUCUCCCAUCAUUCUCCAAAAAAAGUCACAACACUGGUUUAUUCACAACAUUUGGUUCUUUUUUUCUCUUUUCAUUUACGAAAACUAAAAUACUAUUAUAUGGGUGUGCCAUGACCUAGUUAAGACAAAGAUGGACUCCAGGCAAGAGGAAGAAAAAGGCUCAAAAUGUCACAUCCAGUACAUUCUCUCUUCCAUCUUCUCAAUCCUUUAAAAGGAGCAAUCAUAGAUUUAUCAUAGUCCGUAAGAGAUGAUGAAAUCAAGUGUAAAGAUCCCUUUUUGGAACAAAGGAAACCCCAUAUAGGCCAUUGAGUCCUGUUUUAAGGAAAAUGGCUGCUGAGAGCACUCAGCCCCCUCUCUCUCCCAGCUCUCUGUUGAAGGACUCCUGAGCCGUGCCUCUAAUAGCAGACAGCUCCGGCGGCUGCCGCGCUCUGAUUGGCCCGCCGAGCUGCCGCUGUUAACUAGCCAAUUGCCCGAGCACUGCAAAACAACAGGCAAUGUCAAACAAACCCCCCAGUUUGCUCGACAACAAGCACUUCAUUUAAAUCAAUUAAACAUUUCCAAUUUAAAAUUAAAACCAUUACUGCUUUUUGUUUCACUUAAAAGACGGACACGCUGGUUUUGUUGAUCCGAGCUGCUCAAACUAAAAUAAAGGAAGAAAAAAAAAACACGCCGCCGCAUUCCAACAGUUACAAACAUUUAGAUGUGCAGUGAAUUUCGUCAGCGAACAAAUCUAAUUUCUUCUUUAAUCCAUUUAUUUUGUUAUUAAAUCAACUAGAAUUAAAUUUGUUGUAUCUAAAUGUUUUGUUUAUUUUUAAAUUAAUUUCAAAACGUCUUUAUACUACAAACUCACCUCUCUCGCUUUCGUUUUGUAAGUGCUUUUGAAAAAAAAACAUCUGCCAAUACAUAAAUAUCCAAAGCCUUUAUUAACCUUUGGAGGUGGUUAAGAAGAUAUUGUUCCCUGUGUCUAUCUUGUGUUUGCCGUUUUAGGUAAAUGCAGUCGGCAGAUUCGACACAAAAAAUAUUCGGGUCUUUACAAAUGCCCGCGUGUCACCGAAUCUUGAACAAACGUUCGUUCAUGUAAACUCUAUUUUAUUUAAAAAUGUUUUAAGUGCGUAGAGUUUUAAUAGGUGAGCUUUUCGUUGGCUCUAUCGGCGCAAGUUUGUAGCGAAAGUGAAGCGAGCACGGGGGUGGGCAAGCCUAGCGGUGUAUUGUGGGAGAGACAGCAGCUAGAGACCAGAGGCACACAAUAUGUGCUGGCUCUCGCCGAAAAGGAGGCAGUAUUCUUCAAGCUAAAUCAUGUAAUGUAAGCGGCGAAAGGAAAGGCGAUUUCAUCUUUUCAUCAAUUAAAAAAUCACUCGAUCGGACGAGCCAUGUCCAAGCCAGGCGAGAGGAAUAGAUUGAACGAGGACCAUGGCAGAAAGCAGAGUUCAAGUUUGGCGAACGGCAUGGACACUCAUCCCGUCUGCGGCUCGGCGGAGAAGCGGAGUCACCACUGGAGAAGUUACAAGUUGAUCAUCGACCCGGCGCUGAAGAAGGGAUCACACAAACUGUAUCGCUACGAUGGACAGACUUUCAGCAUGCCAAACCCUGGGAUACCACCGGUGGAGAUCGUCCGAGACCCGAGGAUCGGUCGUCUCUGGACCAAGUACAAAGAAACGGACCUACCGGUGCCUAAGUUUAAGAUCGAUGAGUGCUACGUCGGCCCCGUGCCUCCGAAGGAGGUGACGUUCGCCCGGCUGAACGACAACAUCAGGGAGGGAUUUCUCACGGACAUGUGCAAAAAAUUCGGGGACAUCGAGGAGGUCGAGAUCCUGUACAAUCCGAAGAACAAAAAGCACCUGGGAAUAGCUAAAGUGGUUUUUGAGAAUGUCAAAUCCGCCAAGGUGGCUGUUCAGUCGCUGCACAACACGUCUGUGAUGGGAACCAUCAUCCACGUGGAGCUGGACCCAAAAGGUGAGAAUCGCCUGAGGUACUUCCAGCUCCUGAUGAAUGGCAGCUACACUCCAAGGACGCUGCCUGUUGGUGUAGAGGAGACCCGGGAGGUUUCCCCGCGGAGCCUGGCUGAAGCGUUACUGGCCUGCGAGCCCAUCCGCAGGUUGUCUGAGAGCAGCAUCUCCUCUGUGGGAGGAGCGCUGCCGCCCAGCAGCUCUACCACUCCCCUGAGCUUGGAGACCGGCUACUCCAGCUUAAGGCAGGACACCCCCCAGUCCCAGGGAACCCCUCACACCCCACGCCAGCCAGGCACACCCUUCUCUCAAGACUCUAGUUUCUCCAGUCGGCAGUCCACGCCUGCAUACCAGUCCAGCCGUCCCGAGAGCUCCGGAGGCUACAAGUCUCGGAGGCACGAGAGCAAGUUCCAAGAUGCGUACAAUCGCAGACCAGAGAGGCCGCAGUAUCGCAGCAACAUGUAUCGCAGUACGUCGUCUGAGCAGGCUCCUUCAAAACAGCACCAGCUCACCCCGCCUGAACCUCCACCUUCCACCACCUCCUUCAACUACUCCGCGCCUCCCCCCACUACGCCUAACUUCAAGUCUGCCUUCUCACCCUACCAGGCACCUUUGCCUCCCGCCUUCCCCCCAUCUGAGCCACCUUUUCAUCACCCAUCCCAAAGGGAGGGUGAGUACCUCCUACCUCCGCAGCCUCCACUGGCAGCUCCAACUGACUUUUUACCCGUCAAGGAGAGACCAGAAACUCCUCCCAUCCCAGAGCCGCCACCUGAACCUAGUCCCCAUCCGACUACCCCUCCCCCCCAGACCCCGGAGGACUGCCCCUCGCCCGGCUCUCCGGUGCUGGACUCGGAGCGUAACAGCCUGGAUUCUCGCAUCGAGAUGCUCCUGAAAGAAAAAAGGACAAAACUGCUGCCGUUCCUGGAGGAGCGGGACUCGGACAACGAGGUGCGCAUGGAGGGAAGUCCUAUUUCCUCCUCGUCCUCCCAGCUGUCCCCGAUCCCACCUUACACUGGUAGCUCUCAGGGUGGCCAGCAGAAUUCCCGUCCCCCAAGUAUGGGCUUGGAGGACAUCAGUCCAACCCCACUGCCAGACUCGGAUGAUGACGAGCCUGUUCCCGGGAUGUCCUCAUUGGUUGGAAGAGUUGGCUCUCCUGUCCACGAGAAGAGCAAAACUGACCUCAAGGACGGGCCCUUUGGAUGCCACAGUCCCGCUGAUAAAACAGACACGGGUCAGCAGUCAUCAGGGGAAGACAUGGAGAUCUCCGAUGAGGAGUUGCCAGGAGCUCCGAUCACCAGCGGAGACUGUGACGUCAUCAACGACGACCUGUCUUCAAUGCAACCCAUGUCCAUGCACCCUGCCAGCUACCACCACAUGCAAGCCGGCUUCGCCAUCCCUCCCCACCUGCUGUCCCAUCACUCUACCAUCGCAGGGCAUCCGGCUCACCUGGCCGCUCACCCAGGAGUUCACCCCCACAUGAUCCAUCCCAUGAGUCCUUACACCCCGAGCAUGAUUCAGCUGAUGGGGCUGAUGAACUGCGUGCCGUGGGAACGCUGGAGCACGGUCCCCAUGUCCUUCCAGAUGCAGCAGCAGAUGUUGAGUCGCAUGGCUCAGACCAGAGGGCCCUAUCAGUAUCCGCACUUCAUGGACGGAGGCACUGCCGGGCCCUUCGGAGGACACUACACGCCUGUUUCUGUGGACGCCACGCCUGCCUGCAGCACAGGAGCCCCUGGACAUGAGUGGCACCAUCCCAGCUUACCCAAGUUCAACCCCACCGUUCCCCCGCCGGGCUACGAGGGGAAGAAGGAGGAUCCCCACAAGGCCACCGUGGACGGGGUGCUGCUGGUCAUCGUCAAAGAGCUGAAGGCCAUCAUGAAGAGGGACCUGAACCGCAAAAUGGUGGAGGUGGUGGCUUUCAGGGCCUUCGAUGAGUGGUGGGAGAAGAAGGAACAUUCAGCAAAGACAUCUUUGACUCCAGUCAAAGGUGCAGAGGGAAAGGAAGAAGAAAAACCCAAACCCAAGGAGACGCUGGGUUCUAGUCUGCUUGAGAACUGGAACAAGGCCGAAGGGCUCGGCUUUGAAGGGAUGGGUCUGGGAAUGGGCUUAAGAGGAGCCAUCCGACUGCCCUCCUUCAAGGUUAAAAGGAAAGACCCACCUGAGACGGCGCCAGCAGGCGACAACAAGAGGGCGCGACCUUCCACGCCGGUGGACGACGAGCUGGAGGAUGAAGACCGGGAUCGAGACCCAGCAGAGCUCCCCUCUGGAGAUUCUAAAGUGGACAGCGACGGUACGGCGGCAAAGCGACGGCACUCACGACCGCUCGAGCUGGACAGCGAGGGGGAAGAGGAGAUGGACACGUCAGGGAAGGAAGAGGAGUCGCUGUCCGAAUUGGAGGAAGAGGAGGCUGAUGAAACGACGGUUGUAGACGGGCUGUCGUCGGGCAAGGAGAGUGAUGCCGAGGAGGACAAGGAGGAAGAAGCAGGAGGCUCGUCCAGCGACAGCACAUCUUCAGACUCAUCUGAUGACGAAGCCGAAACCUCCGCCUCCUUCAAGGCCAGCUCCGAGUCGUCGGUGGAGAGCUCCGACUCCUCGGCGGAAACCUCAGAGUUUUCUGAGUACGAAUUAAGCUCAGAGGAGGAAGAAGACGAAGAGAGAGAGCCAGAGGACAAGCACGCCCAAGUGGCUGACACCUCAUCGUCUUCUUCCUCGUCCUCGUCGUCUUCUUCUGAUGAGGACGACAGGGACAGCAAGCCACCGAGUCCUACGGUAGCAGGCAGGGAGCACGUGAAGGAGGAAUUGAGCCCAAAGACCAAACGCAGACCUCCCAGUCCUCCUCUAGAGGACGUGAAGCCACCUUCACCCAGAGGUAUCCGAGAGGAGCGGUGGGAUGGAGUCAUCACCGCAGUGAAGCUAGAGCCUCCAGAACACGUGACAAACCUCCGCCCGCCCACCCCUACGGGUGCGCUGCCCGACAGCGACCAGGAAGCUAAAACCAAAGGUAAAGCAGAGCCUGAAGACAUUCCCUGCACCCCCGCUCUACUAGUUCCAUCCCAUCCAAAUGCACCUGCCUCCACGUCACUAAAGCAUCUCCCUCUACCUCCACACCCGACGGUAGAAAGCCGCUCCCUACUCCAUCCUCCUCCCGGCCCCUUGCCUGACUUCCCUCAGCGGCCCAGGCUCCCCACAGAUGAGGACAUCCCCCGAACGCCGGGGCGUGACCUGAUGGAGCGCGCUCGUAGUCUGGGUAAAUCCCAGAGUACCGACACCAUUCCCAACACGCCCGGCAGCGACGCCCCUCUGACUGGUAGCAGCCUGCUGCUCAGCUCCCCCCACAUCCCCGGUAGUCCCUUUUCUUACCCCUCACAGUCCCCUGUCCUCAGUGCCGGAGUGCCUCGUACGCCAGGGAGAGAUUUAACUUUCACCCCUGUCUUCCCCGACCCUGCAGCACUCGCACUAAACAGGAAGAGCCUGGAUGAGGGACAGGUGUUUAAGGAGCCACCGGUCAGCGCUCUGCCUAAUCAAGUCCUGCCCGCCUCCACAGAACAUACGGCCACCGUGCCAGAAGAUCUACCCUCCGAUCUCUCUGCAGACGUCCCUGCGCUUUCAGAGGCCACCUCGUCAAAGAAGAAGGCCGGACGGUCAAAACUAAAAAAGACUCCAGCUGUUUCUGCGUCUGAGUCUUUAGAGUUCUCGUCCGAGUCCACAGAUCGGCCUCAGGAAUCCUCUCUGAGGGACCUGUCCCUCCAAAUGACAUCUGUCAAACCUCCCAAACAUGCCAGCCUGGACUUCCGGGAAGGAGAGGAUGAUUCUCAGACCCGGUUACCUCUCGACGAUGACUUCCUCCCCUACAAGAAGGAGGCAUCUGUGGUUUCAAAGCCAGUUCGGAGAUCGAGGCGAGGCUGGGAGGAGCUGCUCCUGGGCACCCUGUCUCCAGUCACCACUCCGCCACGGUCGUAUUUCAGCCCGCGCUCUGAUUUCGAGGAGGUGACCAUCCUGUAUGACAUCUGGAACGAAGGCAUAGAUGAGGAGGACAUACGGCUUCUGCAGGUCACGUAUGACAAGAUGCUCCAGCAGGAUAACGUCAACGACUGGCUCAACGACACGCUCUGGGUCAACCAUCCUCCCACCAACAUCCCCGGUGUGAAGAAAAAGCGACAAGACGAUGGCAUCAGGGAUCACACGACGGGCUGCGCGCGAAGCGAGGGAUACUACAAGAUAGACAAGCAGGACAAGAUCAAGUACCUGGAGAGCUCUCGGCUGCAAUCGGAGGAGCCGCCAGUCGAUACCCAGGGAAUGAGCAUUCCUGCGCAGGUCCACGCCUCCAGCAGAGCCGGAUCGGAGCGGCGCUCAGAGCAGCGACGCCUGCUGUCAUCGUUCGCCUGUGACAGCGACCUGCUCAAGUUCAACCAGCUGAAGUUCCGUAAGAAAAAGAUCCGAUUCUGCAAGUCGCACAUCCACGACUGGGGUCUGUUUGCUAUGGAGCCCAUCGCUGCUGAUGAGAUGGUGAUUGAGUAUGUGGGACAGAACAUCAGACAGGUGAUCGCUGACAUGCGGGAGAAGCGCUACGAAGAGGAGGGCAUCGGUAGCAGCUACAUGUUCCGGGUGGACCACGACACCAUAAUCGACGCCACAAAAUGCGGCAACUUUGCCCGUUUCAUCAACCACAGCUGCAACCCCAACUGUUAUGCUAAAGUCAUCACAGUGGAGUCCCAGAAGAAGAUCGUGAUCUACUCCAGGCAGCCGAUCAAUGUGAACGAGGAGAUCACGUAUGACUACAAGUUCCCCAUCGAGGACGAGAAGAUCCCAUGUUUGUGUGGAGCAGAGAACUGCAGAGGGACGCUCAACUAGCAUCCAUCUUCAGGUCAAAGACCUCUAAUGGGCUGUGAGAAGGCUGGUCGUAGACUCGGACUAGGAGGAGGACAACCCAGCAAGUCACCCCCAUCGAGCUAAGCUGCCUGAACGACGCUCUUCUUUCACUAAAACUCUGAUUGUUUACAAUUCAUGGUGCUCUUAAAACAGACUUUUUUUUUCUCUUUGUUUAAACCCUCGACUUGUCGGUGGAGUGUUUUCCCCUCCCUUGGUGUCGGACAGUAUUUCAGCACAUCUCCUUAAGUCAUUCUCCACACGUUCUUUACAGUUCCCUCAUAUGCCUCAUAUGCUUUACCCACAGCACACAUGGUACAAAACUAAAGCACCGCUCAGAUGCACAACAUUUCUUCUUCUGCAGGUUGGAGGACAGCGGAAUGGCUCGCUGCUCCCUCCGCUGCACCGCUUUUCCUGAAGUCAAAUCAAACUCAAAUGAUUGAAAGCAACAAAUCAUUUCUGUCCAAUAAUGUCUUCUUCCACCAGCCAAGAACGGAUCGUGCUGCUUCCUGUUUGUUUAUGCAACAAGUUUGGAAAAAGACCUGCAAAAUUUUCGUUAAUCGUAAUUGUUUAGCUGGUUUGUUUCUGUAAAGACACUGUGUGUGUGUGUGUGUGUGUGUGUGUGUGUGUGUGUGUGUGUGUGUGUGUGUGUGUGUGUGUGUGUGUGUGUGUGUGUGUGUGUGUGUGUGCGGCGCAUGCUUCAUUCAGAGUAUCUCUUUCGCUGUUUUGAGGGCACUGCCCCCUGGUGGCCACCCAGCAGAACUAACCUAGUGCAGAAAAAUACAAAAUCACUGAACAAGCUCAUCUAUGCCCCCCAGCUUUGAGCGAAAGUUAUUUUUCAUUUUGCGUGCCAUACAGAUGUGUUAAACCUGAUGUUGCUGCUGUUUUGGCUUCACUCAUAUUCCCUCCUCUGUUUAACGUUCCCAGCGGCGUCAGAGGCUCCUACACCUCCCCGCUCACUCAUUAUUUACUAUUUAUCAGGAUUUAAAAAAGUUCUGGAGGUCUGGCACUUCUGCUUCUCAAGUCCAAGUCAGUUGUUGCUUUUUUUUUCCCCCUUUCGUUUGUUUGGGUUAAAAAAGCUGGUUUUUGUUGAGUUUUCCAACACUGGUGUUCAUAUUGUAAAUGAAAACUUGUACAGAAGAUUUUUUAUCUUCACAAACAAAACACUUUUAAGAUGCGUCUUUCUUUCUCUUUUUAUUUAAAAAAAACACAAAGACUGAAUAUUUAAAAUAUUUUCAGGGUUCUGUGAACAGAAUCGGUUGGUUUAGAGGUUGUUUAUUUAAAGAGAAAAAGGUCCAGCAUGUGUACAGGAAAAAAGUCUCCACUUCCCUUUUGGAAAGAUUGUUUCUUGUAGAAACGUCUUCAUUUUUCUGUCUGUUUACUUUGAGAUGCUAAAAUGUGUAAGUAUCUAACUGUGAAUAUUAUAUAAAUAUAUAUAUAUAUAUAUAUUUGUUUCUCGGGAUGCGCUACUUGAACACGGCUCAGACGUCUAUGUAUCAUAAUGAGGAGAGCUCUGAGCUGGUAGCAGAAAAAUCAGCUUGUGUCAAGCUCCUUUGUUUUUUAAACUUUGUGUUGUAAAUUCUAUGAAAAGGUUUUUUGCGGUGUGGAGAAUUCAAAUAAAUAAAAAAAGAAGGUGCAGAAUCGGCACUGGAAAGAGGA